ACCCUCGGGAUCAUGAGACUGUAAUACAAAUCACCAUGAUUGGAUACAUCCUCUUUACCGUUGCGGCAUUUUUGCCGCUAUUGAUUUAUUUGCGAAAUCCAUAUUUUCUGGCAGAUCUAAAUUACGUAAUCGUUGCCAUUCGCAUCGGAUGGCGAUUAAGUAAAAUCAAAAAGAAGUUUUUCAGCAUCUUAGAUGCUUUCCUGGAUAAAGUGAAUAAAGACCCAGAAAAGACUUUUGUGAUCUUCGAGGAGCGCUCCUAUAGCUACGGCUGGGCUGACAGGGAGAGCAACAGAAUAGCCAGGGCUCUGUCAGCGCAUGCCGGGCUGAAGGAGGGGGACACAGCCGCGCUCUUCCUGGCCAAUGAGCCGCACUUUAUUUGGGUCUGGCUGGCUCUGGCCAAACUGGGCUGUGUGGCGUCUCUCCUCAACUGCAACAUCAGGUCCAAGUCUCUGCUGCACUGCUUCUCCUGCUGCGAUGCCAAGGUCCUCAUUCUCGGUGCUGACUUGAAAGAAGCUGUGGAAGAAAUUUUGCCUGGUCUGAAAGAGUUGGGCAUCCGUGUGUUUGUCCUCAGCAAUCACAGCGAUAUUGAAGGUAUUGAAAGCCUCUCUGAUAAGAUUGAGAAGGCCUCAGAUCAGCCUCUGUCACCCCAGCUGAGGGCCAACACCAACCUCAAAAGUCCUGCAGCGUACAUCUACACAUCAGGAACCACAGGACUUCCCAAGGCAGCCGUAGUUAACCACGAGAGGGUAUGGGUGGCAUCUUCUCUCCUGUCUUUUGCUGGUGUUCACUCCAGUGAUGUUCUCUAUUUAUACCUCCCUCUCUACCACUCCUCUGGUUUUCUGAUGGGACUCUGCGGAGCCAUCGACAAAGGUAUCACCGUGGUUUUGAGACAGAAGUUUUCUGUUUCCAACUUCUGGAAAGACUGCAGAAAGCACAAUGUGACCAUUUUUCAGUACAUUGGAGAGAUCAUGCGAUACCUUUGCAACACACCAAAGAAAGACAAUGACAAGGAUCAUAAAGUGAGGCUGGCUAUUGGAAACGGGAUAAGGCCAGACACCUGGGCUGAUUUCCAGGAGCGAUUCGGGAACAUUGGUAUCUUAGAAUGCUACGGGGCAACGGAAUCAAAUAUUGGUUUCUUUAAUUAUGUUGGAAAAGCUGGAGCCAUCGGCAGAGAACAUUUUCUCUACAAACUAUCAUGUCCAUAUGCCCUUAUAAGGUAUGACACAGAAAAAGAAGAGCCAGUCAGAAACUCCAAAGGAUUCUGUAUUGAAGUCCCUAAAGGGGAAACUGGUUUGCUGGUGGCGAAGAUUAAAGAGAGAACACCCUUUUAUGGCUAUGCCAAGAACAAACAGCAGACAGAGAAGAAAAAACUGAGAGACGUCUUCGAGCGAGGAGACCUCUACUUUAACAGCGGUGACCUCUUAAGGAUAGACCACGAGGGAUUUAUCUACUUUCAGGACCGCAUUGGAGACACUUUUAGGUGGAAAGGAGAAAAUGUGGCAACCACAGAGGUGGCUGAUCAUUUACUGGCCAUGGAUUUCGUUGACGAGGCUAAUGUUUACGGUGUGAGGGUACCAGGGCAUGAAGGAAGGAUUGGAAUGGCGGCCCUGAAGCUUAAAGAAAAUAUGGACUUUGAUUGUGAAGCUAUGUAUCAACAUGUCAAAAACUACCUGCCCAGCUAUGCAAGACCACGGUUCAUACGCAUUCAGGAUGCUGUGGAAGUGAAUGGAACAUAUAAGCAGCUGAAGGUGAAGCUGACUAAUGAAAGUUUCAACCCUGAAAUCAUCAUGGACCCUUUGUUUUUCCUGGAGGAUGGAAAAGGCUACGUACCUAUGACUCCAGAGAUAUUCACUGCCAUCACAGUGGGAAAAAUUAAGCUCUGAAGAAGUUUGAUUACGUUACUAAUCAAUGUAUCUAAUUUUUUUUACACUUUUAGUAAUACAGGAUGCAGAGUAAUCCAGAUGCAAUGACUUGUACAUUGAGCGUGUUUACAAAAUGCACACGAUGAAAGGAAAUAUGUCAUAGGGGAAUAUUUCAUAGGUAUCUUUUUUAUCAUUUAAACGUAUUAACAUUUCUUGGAUAAAAUGACUUCCUGUGUUAUUAUUGUUGUAGUUUUAUUUAUUUCACCAAUUUACAACAGUUCCAUCUCAAAGCAAUUAUUAGGACCAAACAGUUAAAGAUACAUUCAACAGAACCAGACACGAUAUGAGCAUCUUUCUAUGGCGACUUGCUGAACCAGGAGGUCAUUUUUGAAUGAAAAUUGUCCAUAAAAGAAAAUAAAAAAUGAAGACAUAGGUAAUGGAAACAGUAGCUCACUAACUAACUCUUUUCCAAUAACACACACAGCUGGACACAAAAUCAAUGAAAAUGCUUUCUGUGGAACAAAAAGUACACAAAGCAGCAAAAGCUUUAUCCUAGCUAGUGUAAAUUAAAAGAAAAGGCUAAACACUAAACAAAUGAGCUAGAGGUACUUUCUAUAAAAACCUUUCUCAUUUAAAAGCAGUAAAGGCUCCAUCCAUAAGUACAGAGGAAAGCCAUGAUGAAACAAAAACAAUGAAAAAUUAGUAGCUUUUAUGGUUGAUGAUUAUUGAAAGAAAAAAAAAGCUAUUUUGUUAACAUAUGCAACUUUAAGUCAACUUUAAAUUAUUGUUCAUGGAUUUGAGAGUUUUUAAGACACCUGGGACUUUCCAGUGGAGAGGUGGAAGAUGCUGUGUUUGUAGCAGAGGACGAGUGUGUGCAGUUAAUUCUCCUGCAGGUGGAGGAUAAAAGCUUCUGACCACCGUGUGAGACCUUCAGAGGGCAGGUCAGCUGGUGCCGGCUGCACUGGGCCCAUUGGUUGCAGAAACUGGGAACACUGUAAAACUUUGUAAGCUUUUUCAGGACCUGCUUCCCCGGAAGAUUUGAAGGCACCUCUUUAAUCAUAGAAUCUGUCGGUGAUGGCGGAGGGAGGCCGUCUGAUCCGUCUUUAAGACAAGGCAACGAUUCACAAUCAAAGCUAAACAGCGCCCAGUAAGGCAGUGGUUCACUGUUGCAGCUAAGAGAGCGCAUCGGUCGCCUAGGUCGAUUCCAGGCUUUGUCAAUCCACAGGUCUACGUUAGCUUUUUCCAGCUGGGUGACCAUGUCUUCUUUUUCAUCAGCCAUGACAUCCAAAUGAGGCUCUAUGCUAUCUUCCUUUGCUGUUGCCUUUUCCUCAUCUGAUCCGAGCUGUUCAGCGUUAUUAAAACUUUCCUUCUCAGCUAGAAGAGCACUAGCAGUUUUAGAAAUAAAGGCCCAGUCCUUUACAAUGUCAUCCUCUGUGGUGAACUGGGAAGUCACUGUGAAUCGAAUGAUGCGUUUUGUGUGGAUUUCUGCAGGGAUGAGGUACAUGGUGCCGGAACGGGUCAGUCUCCUCAGCAGCUCCUGAGUCAAAAUGUUUCCUGCCUGGAAUAGUUCCAAUUAUCAGAAGUAGCAGAAGGGCUAAAUCUUUUUUAAUUGACUUUAAACUAGUUUCAGCCCUUUUCUUGUUAACCGAUAUAUGUGAGAUUGUGACAUUUAUUUUGUAAAUCUCAGCAAAAAUUAACAUCGGAUAUGACUCUAUACAAAGCAUAAAACAUAGCUUAAGAUAUAUUUAUGGUCAAAAGUUGUGUUGCCUACUUUCAGACAGAAAACCACCAGGCCAAGAUGUGUCUCAGCAGGAACCUCAAAGUUUGGGUUGCUCCUUAUUUUAGACUCCAAGAGCUUCGCCAUCUUAAUUCCCUAAAACAGAAAAAAAAAGAUACUCUUAAAACUUUGUUAGGUUGCUACUUUAAAAUAUUUAAUUUGAUAUAGAAAUUGACAGUCGAAGAGGUAAAUUCACUUGCAUGUCUGAUAUGAGCUUGGAGCUUUUUCAGCCCGAAGGAACGCAUGACGAACCAAAGCUUCAGAGAUCGAAAACGUCGGCUGAGAGGAAUUUGCCAGUGCUGGGCAUCGGGGGAUAAAGAGAUGUUACUGGGUGAAGAAGUUUUUGAACUUUUGAUUAUGUAAAUAAGCUUUUUUUUAUUUUAUUUUUUUUAUUGAAUGGAUGAUUCAUGUACCAUAAAGUCUGUGGCUGCCCGUGAGUUUUCAUGUCUGAGGUAAACAGGAUCAACACUGAAGGUCUGCUGGAGCUUAUAUUUAUCCUUUACCCUAAAAAUCAGUUAUCUUUAAUUAAUCUUUAUCAGAGAACCUUUAUACAAACAUUUAAAUAUUUUUUUAGAACGGAUUUAUGUUUUUUGAUUCUGUGAGGUGAAAUAAUGCCAUGACCCACCAGAAAGCUGUGCAGUCAAAAUGAACCAUCAUCCACUUUGAGGGGUUAAAAACAAAAGACUGUGCAAACUCAAUGCCGUUUAGAGACCAGCGUAAUUCUGGACAAAAGUAGGCGGAGCCAGCAUACGCAGCAUCAACAUGAAGCCAGAGUCCCUCUUCUUUACCUGUAAUAUGAAGGAUUUUAUUCCUGCUAGUGCACACAAUUUACAAACAACAUUUUGAGAAAUUCUGUUUUAUAAAUAACUUAUCUGGAGGAACAAAUGUAUAGAAGUAAAAGUUUGGAGACUUACAGAUUGGUCCCAGUUCAGAGAGCUUGUCAAAUGCACACACUCCUGUUGUUCCUAGAGUCGAACACAGCUGAACAGGAGAGAACCAAACCACAGCUGUCAUGUGGUCGUUCAGUGCAAGGAAUUUACCUCAUUGGUACCAUUACAUUGCUGCUUUCUGAAUCUCUUAAAUCCUGGUUCUUUAUCCUUAUUUCUGUAAAACUAUUUGUGUCUGUAUGUCAGUUUUUUGUAUAAUAAACAUUUCAGAUCAAAAUAAA